AGAAGAAACGUUGUAGGGAGAAGUCGAAGCAAAGAAAAAAUUACAACAAAAAUUAACAAAAAAAAAAUGGAAAAAGUUUUCUCUGUCGAAGAAACCUCCUGUAAUAACCAUCUUUGGUCGGAGCCGGCCAAAGAAUCUGAUGGAACGUCGGGAAUGAACCGCAGCGACUCCGAGUGGGCAUUCCAUCGCUUCAUUCAAGAAUCCUCCGCCGGAGAAGAUGCGACGGCGCAUGGCGCGUCCGACUCUGGACCGUCUUCUCCGGUAGAUUCUCAUGAAUACAGAGAGAUUCUGAAGAGUAAACUCAAUCUAGCUUGUGCUGCUGUCGCCAUGAAAAGGGGAGCUUUCAUCAAACCUCAGGAUACCUCUGGUAGAUCUGAGAAUGGCGGAGCUGCUUAUACAUCUAGUGCAUCAGACCAAGGCUCCUUAGCUUCUUCUACUAAAGCUACACCAGUGAUGAGCAGUACCGUGACAAGUGGAUCCGAGCUCUCUUGUGAUGACGAAGAAGCUGAUGGUGAAACUAAUAUGCAUCCUACCAAUGUUAAGCGUGUCAAAAGGAUGCUCUCUAACAGGGAAUCAGCUAGACGAUCCAGAAGAAGAAAGCAAGCACACUUUAGUGAGCUAAAGACACAAGUUUCACAGCUGCGUGUAGAGAACUCAAACCUCAUGAAAGGUCUCACUGACGUAACUCAGACUUUCAAUGACGCAUCUGUAGAAAACAGAGUUCUUAAAGCCAAUCUAGAGACGCUACGAGCUAAAGUGAAAAUGGCUGAGGAGACAGUGAAGAGAAUCACAGGCUUCAACCCAAUGUUCCACACUAUGCCUCGGGUUUCAACCGUCUCUAAUCCUUCAGAGACAUCGAACUCUCUAGACACAAGCUCCCAAGUGACUACACCGGAGAUCAGCUCAAGCAGCAACAAAAGCAAGGCCUUGAUCGGUUGCAAAAUGAACAGAACAGAGUCGAUGAGGAGAGUUGCGAGUUUGGAGCAUCUGCAGAAACGUAUUCGCAGCGUUGGGGAUAAGUAGCUUUGUGAAGAAGAAGAAGAAGAAGAAGAAAGUUGAUUUGUAUAACAUUAUCAAGAAUAGAGAGAGGCAUUGAGACAAAAGUGUUAUAUGUGUUUGUGUAAAGAAUUGUCUGACCUAGUUUAUCUCUGAUUAGGUCCCUCUUAAAUGUGUUUUCAAUCUCUUUUUCAACAUCUACAGUUUGUAUCCUGUAAACUACUACAAAGUUAUCAAACUCAAAGCUUCGUUGGUAAUGUAAAAACAAUUAGAAAAGACCA